GCUCCCAGCCGGGCCUUGCGCGCGAUCCACCGAAACUGGCGAGCUCUCCCAAUUGCCAGAGCAUCCCGGCCGGGCGCAGCGUGGAGUUCCCCCAUCAUCCACUCCCGGGGAGGGGUGGGGGGAAAUGCAGGAUGAACCCGGGGUCCGGACGGCUGUGGACGGCGGAGACCUCCGACGGAGGCGAGGCUGCGCGCAGGGCACAGAAUGAGGCCCUUCAAGCAGUGGGCACCGCUGGCACAGCUCCAGACCAGGUGACCUUUGAGGACGUGGUGGUGGGCUUCUCGUUGGAGGAGUGGUCUCUGUUGGAGGACAGCCAGAAGGAGCUGCACCAGGAAGUGAUGCUGGAGACCUGCUCUUUGCUUCUCUCGCUCGGUCACUCGGUCCCCACCCUGGGUUUCUCCUCCUUGACCUGCCAGCCGGACAGGACCACCAAAACCCUCCUCCGGUCCAGUUGGAGAAGACAGCUGCUGCCUUUGGUGGCAGGAGGCGACAAAACACGUCGUGAAGAGCCCCCUUUUCCAGAGGGCAUGGAAGGACCCUGCAACCUGAAGCAGGAUGAGGCCGAAGAGCGCCAGGCUGGAGCAAGCGACGAGGAGGGUAAGGAUCAAAGCAGUCACCACCUCUGCGCACUCAUGAAGCUGGUCAACGAAAUCCCAGAGUUCCUUUGUGGACAUGCGCAGGCGAGCCUGGAUCGGUCCACGCCUGCUGGGGGCAGCGAAAGCAGAGGGCAAGCAGGUCCCAUUGUCCAGCUGAAGAGUUUCCCACACUUCCAACGACUUGAACCCUUGGCUGACUCGGUUUCCCUGAGCGUCUCCAGCCCAGGGCGGACCCCCAGCAGCAGCCCAGAGGGAGAAUGUUCAGAGCCCACCACCCAAGGCCCAUUUUUCUCCUGCGAUGCUCAAGGAUGGAAGGGAACAGAAGUAGCGACCGACGCAGAGCUUUCAACCAAGGAGAACCCGGCCGAAGGGCAGCUGAACUCCGAAGAAGGACUUCGACGUCCUCAUCUCUCAACGGAGCGGAAGGACAGCCCAGAAAUGGACCACCUGAGGCUGGAUACUGAUGGCUCUUCUGCAGAUUCCGGCUGUCUGGGCCAACACAAUUCCUGGGGGGAUGGAGGGGCAAAACAGCCCACAUCACAGGGCCCUUCGCGAAGCAUCUCUGAGGCUGACGGCCAGUCCGAGGAUGGAAAGACCACGCCUGAGGCCAUCGCUGAGAAGGAACCUCCGAAAAGUUCUCGCAAGGCAUCUCCAAAGUUGGGGCCAGCAGGAGUGUCCGAAGAGAAGCCUCCACUUCAGGGGUUGCUGAAGUGCUUGAAGGAUCUGGUUACCUUGCAGUCCAGCCGUGGCCCCCAAACUCCCCUCAAAGCUUCCAUAGGGAGCCAGCCACUGCCCCCCAGAUUUGGGCGGUGGGGAAGCAGGAGUGACUCAUUGCCCAUCCAAGUUAAGGUGGAAGCUUCCAGAGAGGAGCUGGGGGCCUGCAACCCCAGAGAAGUAUCUGGGUCUUCUGUGGCAACCAGGGGGGACCCCUUCAUCCCCCAGGCCAAAGGGAGCCAGACAGGUGGAAAAGAGAAAGACAACUUUCCGGCAGUCAAAACGGAGCAGGAGACCAGCAGCUGCCCACACCAGGACCUGCCAGGAGGCCUCUCCUUGGUGAUUGUCCGUGAAAGUCCAGAGAAAGCCCAAGACCCAUCCGGCAUCUCGGCUGUUUGUGGUAAACUUCCAGUUAAAUCCGAGGAAGAGCACCCUCUACGAGGCCACGGGGAUGACUUGGAAGAGAAGAGCUACCACCACUUCGGCCAUGCAAGGACCAGUUUGUCACCCCGGUCCAAGCUGGGACUAUGGGUCCCGUAUUCGGCUGAGUGGAGCCCCGCCACCAGUCCUCUCCAUGGCUUGCUCAACUGCCUGAAGGACAUCCCCGUGCCGAGACCACCCCCCCCACAAAUCUUGCCGGGGAAACGAGGAGCAAUUGGGGAGAAAGAGAGACGAAGAGGAGGAAGACGAGGACGCUUCGGCCCUCCAUCCGAUAAUUGUCCUCCCCAAGGAUCAGAAGCUGGUCUCGGGGAAAAGCCAGCCCAGCAGUCCUUGCCGCCCCAGGGAUAUGCCAACGGGCACCAUGAGAGACAGCCAGCAGGGCGGAAAGUGGAGACGAUGAUCGGGCAGGAAGAUCUUGGAAUCAUGAAGGAGCGUCCUCCAAGUGCCUACGUCCAGCCCACGUCCCCUGCUGUCAAUUCAUCAAUCAGCAGCUCCCCAGAUUGUCUUCCCUGGUGGACUCCAGAACCUGCCAGAUGGAGGAGGAAGGAAGAUGAGCUUGGCCAAGCCCAGAGUCCUUUGCAAAACCUCGGGAAGGGGUUCAAGGAGACCCCAUUGAGUUCCCCCAGCCAGGCUUCUUCACCGGCUCUCAGCAGCUCUCCAAAUGGUCUCCAAAGAUGGACGUCGGGGCCAACGCAGCGGGCAAGGAGAGAGGAAGGACUCAGUCAGAGCAGCAACCCCUUGCAAGGCCUGGAGAAGUGCUUGAAGGACAUCCAGAACCAGCGAUGGUCCCCGGCCGUCACUUCCUCCAUCCAUAGCUCACCGGACAGACUCCGCCAGUGGACACCAGAGCCAGCACCAUGGGCCAGGAGGGAGGGAGGAGGAAGCCCCCCGAGGGUCCCACCACUUCAGGGCCUGGAAAAUUGCCUGAAAGAGAUUGCCCCCAGCAGAGACUUCCUUGUGGCCUCCAGUCCUGCAGGACGCAGCUUCUGCACUCCAAAACGGCCAGGAAUGGAGGAGGCUCACUCACCAAGGCCUUGGGCUGCAGGGAGCCUCCCUCCACCAUGUGCCUCUGAUUUGGAAGUGGCUGCUGAAAAUUCUCCCCUCCACCGGCUGAUGAACUGCCUGAAGGAAAUCCCAAUACAACGGCCAAGUUAUCUCAACCCACCGAGCGCAUUCUCCUCUUCCACCUCAUCCUCCUCUUCCUCCUCCUCCAGCUGCAGUGAAACCGAAAGGGACCAGCAGAGCCCAGGAAGUUCAACCUGGUGGGAUGGGGGCCAAGGUCGACAUCAGCUGCCAGGAUCCGAGAGGGAUGUUCUUGUAGGACCGAAGGUGAUGUUGGAGGGUAAGAGGAAGUGUCCGCCCGCCCAACUUCCUGCAGAAGAGGAAGAGCAGUUACCUUACACGCGAGAGGCCAGCUUUGCCGAUGGGGGCGGUGAAGCAUCUUCUGCCUCUCUCUGUGGCAACCCGGAGAAUGACGCAAAGGACACUGCAGAUGUCAAGCAGAUGUUUCCCUCCAUCCACCCUCUACGAUGCUCCACAGCUCCGAAGGAUGUGAUGUCCAGAGCAUCUGAAGCAAGGGAAGAUGGGCCACCUUCCACACUUCUUGCCAACAAGGUCUUCACCUGUGAGCAGCAGAAGAGCCCAAGAGAAACAGCACCAGACCAGACCCCAACAUGUUCCAGCCCCCUAAGCCACAAUUCCCAGGAUGGGACACCUGAAGGAAACAUGGACUGGAGUCCGGAAGAAGACCAGGUCCGGCCACAGUCUGGAGACAAAGAGGGGGGGACCGGAAGUAGCCCUCUCCAGGGUCUGCUCAGGUGCCUCAAAGAGAUCACCUACCCAAGCACCGCCAGUACCUGCUCCUCCUCAGCCAGGAAGAGGCCCAGAGAAUCCAGGCACACCCAGGAGGAAGAAGAGGAGGAGGAGGAGGAGGAGGAGGAGGAGGAAGAAGAAGCAGCUCAUUGCAAGAAGAAAUCCUGGCAAAGUGCUGUCCCCUCCAGCUCUCCCAUCUCUGACAUGGAAACACAGGAGACCCAAGUGAAGAGCCACUCCUGUUCUCCGAACACCAGGACGUCUGCACAUACGCAGAACGACCCUCCCAGGUGGAGUCCCUUGGUUUCAUUUCGGAUGGGUGCCAGAAGAACUUGUGAGACAGCCAGAGACAAGGGAAGCCUCCCGGCUCCAAAUCCAGGAACAGAGGCAAAGAAGAGGCAACCCGAAGCGGCCCGACUCUGCCACUGCACCCAGGGGGCUGAGUCGGGGGUCACGCAGCCCCUUCUCUCCAAGCAGCUGGGCCGCCUGGCCACUGACGUGAGUAGCCUCUGCCGGGACCUGUCUGGUCUUCAGAGCCACGUCUGGCGGCUGGAGCAGGAGGCGCGGGGCUGGGCGCUGGAGCUGGCUGCGCUACACCUGGAGAACCGGCGCCUGGCGAAGUAUACACGGCGCCUGGAGAGCCGUUGCCGGGUUCUGGAGACCCGCUCCCGCCGUCUCAACCUACGCCUCUUGGGUUUGCCCGAGGGAAUCGAAGGAAGCGAUGCAGUGUCUUUCCUCCGACGGACCCUGCCGGAGGUGUUGGGCUGGCCGCCGGGAGUGCCAGUGUUGGAGAUCGAGAGCGCCCGGAGAGUCUGUGGCCAGGAUUCAACCGCCAAGCCACGACCACUGCUGUUCCGCCUGCUACGCUUGGCCGACAAAGCUGCUGUGCUCGAGGCGGCUCGCGCCCGACCGCUGCGCUUUGCCGAGGCGCAACUUGCGAUCCUACCUGACCUUGGUGCCCCACGGAGGAGACCCCCACCUGGCCCGUUCCGGAGAAACCGUUGGGUGGUUGACCUGCUUUUUGGAGGGCAGCCCCCUUCCCCAUGGGGCUUGGGUAGGGGUCCGAUGUGGCAGGAGCCCCCUGCCUCUUGUGCUCCCCUGGCAGCCAAACCCCCUUCGGGUAUGCCUGGGUCUCAGAAGCAACACAAUCCAUGAGGCACUGCCGAGGGAGGGUCCCAAAAAGUGACUUUCCUCUCUUCCACUGGGCAGGGGUGGGUGGGCUAAGUCAGGGGUCUGCAACCUUAAACAC